AUAACCCAACAGAGCCAUUUGUCCUUUGGAAAUAGGGUGAAUUGCGUAUGGCGGGCAGGAAUCCACCAGAUUUGGGAGCGCUGAGGCAGAAAGACGCACACACAGAAAUAAAAGGCUGGGAAUAGCUAAAAUCGGCAUCCAAGUUGGCGCCCGAUUCUUGGUGAAACCAUCCCUCGGCUUCUGGAGGGAGACUGCUAAAUCAUGAAAUUACUUGCCUUGCUUUUUGUCUGCUCCAGGCUGCUACCAAGUUUAACCCAGGAGUCCUCACAAGAAAUCGACUGUGAUGACGAGGACUUAUUUAAGGCGGUGGACACUGCGCUGAAGAAAUAUAAUAGUAGAAACCAAAGCGGCAACCAGUUUGUGUUGUACCGUGUAACUGAGGUCGUCAGGACGGACGACCCUGACACGUUUUAUUCCUUCAAGUACCAAAUCAGGGAAGGAAAUUGUUCUGUUCAAAGUGGCAAAACCUGGCAGGACUGUGACUACAAAGAAUCUGCACAAGCUGCCACAGGAGAAUGCUCCGCCACGGUGGGGAAGAGAGGGAAUAUGAAAUUCUCCGUGGCUACGCAGACCUGCCAGAUCACUCCAGCCGAGGGCCCUGUGGUGAGAGCUCAGUAUGAUUGCCUUGGCUGUGUGCACCCCAUCUCGACUGCGAGCCCUGACCUGGAACCCGUUCUAAGACAUGCCGUUGAACAUUUUAACAACAACACGGAUCAUUCCCACCUCUUUGCUCUUAGAGAAGUGAAAAGGGCCCACAGACAGGUGGUGGCUGGAUGGAACUAUGAAAUUACUUACUCAAUUGCGCAAACGAAUUGUUCCAAGGAGAAUUUUCUGUUCUUAACUCCAGAUUGCAAGUCCCUUUUGAAUGGUGAUAUCGGUGAAUGUACAGAUCACGCCCACAUGGAUCUUCAGCUAAGAAUUGCUUCUUUCUCGCAGAAGUGUGAACUCUAUCCAGGGGAGGAUUUUGUACAACCACCGUCCAAGAUUUGCCCUGGCUGCCCCAGAGAUAUACCGGUCAACAGCCCAGAGCUGGAGGUGGCUCUGAGUCAUUCCAUCACAAAGCUUAAUGCAGAGAAUAAUGGAACUUUCUAUUUCAAGAUUGACAGUGUGAAAAGGGCAACAGUACAGGUGGUGGCUGGAGAGAAAUUUUCUAUUGUGUUCAUAGCCAGGGAAACCAUGUGUUCCAAAGAAAGUAACGAAGAGUUGGCAGAAAGUUGCCAGAUCAAUAAAUACGGACAAAUCCUAGAAUGUAAAGCCGAAGUUUUUGUGAUACGUUGGGAGAAAAAAAUUUACCCUACUGUCAACUGUCAGCCACUGAAAAAGAUCAUAUUGAUGAAAAGGCCUCCAGGUUUUUCACCUUUCCGAUCAGUACCCUUGGAGAAAACAGAAGAAGGAACAACUGUAAGUCCACCCCACACUUCCAUGGCACCUGUACAAGAUGAAGAGCGGGAUUCAGGAAAAGAACAUGGACACACUCAUGGGCAUGGCUGGGGCCAUUACAAGCAAAUAAAACAUGGCUUUGGCCAUGGCCAUAAACAUGAGCAUGACCAAGGCCAUGGGUACCACAGGGGACGUGGCCUUGGCCAUGGACAUCAAAAGCAACAUGGCCUUGGUCAUGAACAUCCACAGGAACUUAACUAUGAUCUUGAACACCGAGGGAGACAUGGCCUUGGCCAUGGACAUCAAAGGGAACAUGGCCUAGCCCAUGGACAUAUACAUGAACAUGGCCAAGGCCAUGGAAAGUAUAAAAAUAAAAGAAAAAACAAUGGAAAGCACAAUGGUUGGAAAACAGAGCAUUUGGCAAGUUCUUCUGAAGCUAGUACUACGUCUUCUGCACAGACACAAGAGAAGACAGAAGGGCCAACACCCCUCCCUUCCCUAGCCCAGCCUGAUACAGCGGCUGCUGUGCCUGACUUUCAGGACUCAGAUCUCAUUGCAGCCGUGAUGCCAAAGCCACCAGCUCCCACAGAGAGUGAUGAUGAUUGGAUCCCUGACAUCCAGAUAGAGCCAAAUAGCCUUUCAUUUAACCUGAUAUCUGACUUUCCAGAAAAAACCUCCCCCAGAUGUCCUGGGCGCCCCUGGAAGCCAGUUAAUGGAAUGAAUCCAGCUGUGGAAGUGAAAGAAUUUCAUGAUUUCGAUCUCACUGAUGCUUUGUUUUAAUUUAUGCCGCCAUGAGUCUUUAACACUUCAUCAUUCCUCUCCCCAUUGUCUAAAUAUCCUGAUAUAACACAACAAAAGCCCUGAAGCUUCAGAACAGCUUAGAGAGAAGGGGUGAGACUCCCAAUGGGGACACCGUCAAUCUCUAUGGACGACGUAAAACUGUGUGCAGAAUCCUAAAUUCCCUCUGGGUCUUCCUCGCAAGUUUUCUUAUCUAACACAGAAAAUGGACAAACUCAUGUGCCUUAUGGCCUAUUGCAAUUUGCUUUUCUGACAACAAAUGUGUACCUUAAAAUGUAUGUCAUGGACUUUCAUACAAUUAUUGACAUUCUGAAUGAACUUUGGCAUGUGGUCCCUGAACAUGUGAAAAUAAGGGAAGUCAAGAGACUGAAUGCUGAAUUUCUUAAUGGGAAAAGAAAUAAUAAAACCUCUAGAGGUUAAAGAGGGAUAGCAGGAAAGAAAGACAGAUUGGCCCAAGAGAGGACAGGGGGAAGUAAAUUAAUUGACUUUCAGUUUCCAGAAUGACUAGUAUAUCAAAUAGUUACUCCCACUUGACAAAGCUGUCCUGAUAAUUCUCUUUCUAGGUGAGAGGGUUUCUUGUAAGUCAGUCAUUUCCGUUUACUCAUUAAGUACCUUUUGCAACAAGGCUUUCAAAUGGGAGUUUUCCAUUUGUUCAUUUGUUGCCCACUCUAUAUUGAGUAAUCCUGAGCUUUCAGCAACUCUGAGUUUAAUGAUAAGGACAGAAAGCAGAGGAAGUAGUAUAGAGGCAGUUUUGCCAAGGAAAACGUUUUUUAAAUAAUUGACAAGGGAAUAUCAUGGGAUGUGAUGCAAAUUUCAUUCAGAAAUUUUAUGAGGAAAUUCCUCUCUAACCUCACUUUAUGAUCAUAUCAUCUUUUUGCUAUGACAUUGAAGAGCACUGGUUUUUGCAAAAGAGAAUAAUAUGAUUGUCUUUAAUUGCCUUAUGACAUGAGGGAGGUGUGUAUUUUAUAACCCUUGCUGCGCUUUUGCCUAGGGAAGCAAGAUAGGGCUUUAAACAGCUACACUUACCUGUGGAUGAAUGUGUCACUGCUACUUCAGUUUAUGGGACGCAUUUGAACCUCUGAGUUUUUAUUUCAUUUCCAAUAUUUUCUGUACUUUUAAAUAAAGAACCAAUUAUGUCAGGAAAAAGUC